AUGGAAGCUUUCUUAUUAUCUUACGAACCUGUUUCGGCUAUCAACAUCCGCACUGCCUUAUACAAGCGUAUUGAGGAAGGAGAGUGGACGAAUAACUGCGAAAAAGAAACAGAAAAUUUUGUGGCGUCUCUUAGAUAUGUUUUAGAAACAGUUCCUCGGAGUGAUAACGAGCGUUUGAAAAUACUUAAUAGUUUUGGGAGCGGAGCUACGUUAAAACAACGUAAGCAUUUGAGUACAUUUGCGAAAGCUGACGUGACUUGGGUUGAUGAUGCGACCAUUAAUUUUGAGGUUUUAAAACGCGAUGUUCAUAAGCUCGCAAUAUCAACUUUGGGGGAUAUGCAGGUAAUGUGGAGAGCCGUGGAAGAUGAAUUAAAGUCGAUAAAAGUAGAAAAUUUUGGGUAUGAUCACCCUUUAUGUUCAGGAAUAUUAGAUGACUGCUCGACACCUAUUACAGAAAUUUCAGAACGGUCUCGGGAGGCAUUCAAAGCGUCAAGCAAAAAGUAUCACAUACGGCAUUGCGAGAUACUAAAAAACAUCUAUGAGGAUUAUGUUUUAAAAGAAAAUAAGAAAAUUUCUACAAAGAUGUUUGAAGAUUCAGGACAAGCUUGGAAGUCUCCAAAAUGGAGAUUGUUCAUGGAAACAAAAAAUCCAUCUAUAAAUGAAGGCUCUUACGUAUGCGAAAUACUAUCUCCAUUGUUGAAUAUUGCAAUGAAAGACUUGCCAGUAAAUACUGAUAUAUGGGGUGUUUGGGGGGACGAAGCUAGUACAGCAAGCACAGAGCGGAAAGGCUCUUCAAAACAAGCAAGACAACCUGAUUUUCUUGUUGUCGUUACGAUAAAAGAAAAAAAGAUCGAGAUGGGCUAUCUUGAGACGGGACGCCCAGAUUCUACACUUAAGCAACAGUUGCGGGACCAUAAGAAAUUGAAUCGACUAUCAAAAGAUUCAAUUGAUUUUACCAGAUUUUCAAAAAAUGAGAGGGUAUUUAGAGGCUUAGCAAUGAAAAGCAUGUUGUCGGUCUUCUCCAUCAAUGUUGCAGGGGAUACAAUGGAAUUUCGUUGUAUGCAUAAAGAGGCCGGUAUUUACAAAAAUUGCUUACUUGAACGUGCAGUUAUCCCUCUUUACGUUCCAGCUACGAAACCAGACCUUGUGUAUAAUCUUAUCCAUAUGCUAUUAACUUUUCGAACUGCGAUUGCCUGUACAGUACGUAAGAUUAUGCACAAUUCUGAUGAUACUGCAGAUACAAUGUCAAUCAUUUCAGAAUCAUCAAAUAUGUCGAUUUCGUCACAAGGCUCAACAGUAUCAACGAUCAACUCUCCGCCAAGAUCACCGUAUAGACCAUCUAUAUCAUCACUGAACCCCCCACAGAGAAAAAAAUCCAAGAUAAACAAAAAAUAG